CCCUCACCUCCCUCAAGUCCUCAACACAUGCGCACAAUUUCAUGGUCUGAUUAGCUCAAUCUUCAUAUGGGAUUUGGGAAGAGAGAGGACAACAUGGAGUCUACCAGCCAUUCUUCUUCGGUUUCCAAGGCUGAGAGAAAGAUUGUGGAGAAAAACAGAAGAAAUCUCAUGAAGAACCUCUACUCCAAGCUCAACUCCCUCCUCCCAGAUCAAUCCUCCAAGGAAGCCCAAUCAAUCCCUGAUCAAGUGGAUGAAGCUGUAAGCUACAUAAAAUCCCUGCAGGGAAACCUGGAGAAACUCAAGGAGAAGAAAGAGAGCUUAAUGGGCAGCAGAAAAAGGCCGCAUACAUGCAGUACUACCAGUGUUGGAGAAACUUCAACACCUAGCUUGAGGUCACCGGUAAUGGAGAUUCUGGAAAUGGGCUCUAAUUUACAGGUGACACUGGUGACUGGGCUGGAAGAUCAGUCCAUAUUCUAUGACAUUAUCGGCAUACUCCAUGAAGAAAGUGCUGAGGUCUUGAGUGCAAGUUUUUCAGUUGUUGGGAAUUCAGCUUUCCAUGUGCUUAUUGCUCAGGUCGGGGAUUCUACUUUCAGUUUUGGAACAAAGUGGAUAUGUGAUAGACUCAACAAGUUUGUCCAUGGAUCUACAAGUGAAGAAGAUCUACAACCAGAGUUGUGGGACUUUGAGUUUCAUCCUGAAACUUGGGCAUUCUAAUUCCCAGUAAUGUGGGAAACAGAAAAAUUGGGAGUUUCAAUCAAAAUGUGAUCCCUUGAUUCAAUUUUCCGAAAUGUCUUUGAUAAUGAGGGCAUGCAACUAGGUAGCUACCAUGUAAUUUUAUUUGUUCCUUCAAUCUUUUUUGUUUUUUUGAGUCUUUUCUUUUACCAUGUGAUGAGAUUCACAAUAAGGUGGGUGCAACUGCACCACGUAAUCUUGUACCAGUAUUCAUGAUCAAUUAAUAAAAGUAUGUAUAGAGCAUAAGUUAAUUUUAAAAUCACCA